AUGGAGCCGGGACGCACCGUCGGAGCUUUGCUGGUGUGUUGUAGUGCAUUAUGGGUAGUCAGCUCCUCCAGGGUUCAAACUCCUCCUCCUCCUCGAUGUGACUCCAGGCUGGCGUUUCACUCGAAGGUGUCCUCCUCUGACGGGAACGGGGACAUCCACCUGAGAUCUUUGUCUCCAUGGAGCUGGAGGCCGUCCACGAAACCCCACCAGAUCCCCUCCACCAUCUGGGAGGCAGAGUGCGGCUCCUGCUCCGGUCCCGGCGGCGGACGCGAUCUGAACUCCGUCCCCAUCUACCAGAACCUCCUGGUGCUGACCCGGCAGGAGCAAGAACACUGCUUCACCGCCUCGUACCGCUCGGUGGCCGUCGGCUGCACUUGCGUCUGGGCCAGAACCGCCCAGGACUGAACCAGCUCUACCUGGAUCUGAGGCGCGCGCCUGAACCCGGAUCAUCGGAACUAGAACCGUAACCGUCUGAAUCGGAACAAUCUGAACUAGAUCCAUCUGACCUUAACUACAUUAAUUUUCAUCCACAACAAAGAACCUGAUCCAAAACCACCUGACUCAAAACCACCUGAAACAAAACCACCGGAACCAAAAAACCCUGGAUCAGAAUUUGG